AUGUCGCCUAGCAUUUCCUUUCACGGCGAAGUGCAUCCCAUGUUCCAGCAAAGCCAGUGGCUGAACUUGAGUCCCGCAGAAUACAGGAUACUGAGACCAUCUUUGAUAAUUGCUACGCGACUUCUAAAUCAGGACUGCCUCUUAUCAUUCCACAAUCACGUUCUCCAUGGAAGCCUGAAGUAUCUCCCUGAGAGACAGAAGUUCUAUCUCGAUAAGUCAGUAUUUGAGACAACCAGUUGCGCACAUAAGACGACGUUUGAAGUUCUCAACAGUAUCUUGCCAGAAACAUUGAGGCUUACGAUUGAAGAGCUUGAUGAGAAGGAUGUUCAAUAUGAUGCCAUGACGUACUUUAGCGCACUGCCGCAGGGUCGCACAUUUCACCCGCGCAUCAAGAUACAUAGCCAUCACAUCUACGACAUAUGCCACGUUACCCUCUAUGGAUCUCAACAAGAUCAGGAGGCUAUUACCAUGAGGAUCGCCAUUGCCCUCUGUCAUGAAGUUGCCCAUGUCGUGUGGGGUUAUCGCAAAAGCAGAGAACCGAUAACCAUGAGAAUCAACACUCAUAGCGAGCCUCUUUAUGGACCAGCUGACGCGUUAGCCGAACUAGGCCAUGCUUGGGAGCAAUAUGCUUUUGGUGGCAGCAUCUGGAUCAUCGACUAUCCGGGUCACAUUACUAUUUACUACGAGCCUUUGGAUACAUGGAAUGGAUGCCCAGGUGAAAAUCUACGUGUCAUUGUGCCGCGUUGGUGGAUACACGCUUUCUUCCUACAAUCGACAUGGACCAACUUUCGUCGGCUUCAUCACGAGAGGUUAUUGCGCCUGCCAACUGAGGUCGAGAGUGGAUGUGCGUUCCGAAAGCACUCACCAGGAUGGAGCUUGGAUUGGCACAUGUACCUACAUGGUGUAAAAGUGCAGCGAGCCUGUACAAUGACUUCGUCGGUGCCUUUCCUGUUAUGGAACAUCCUGAACCCCGCUCUCGCAUGUCCAAAGGCUGGCAAAGACUUCGAAGACCUUAAAAAAUCUGGUCAGGGUCGCGAACAAUAUCAAAAAGCAUGUAGCUUGCUCGUUGAUGCGGCAAUGAAUAACCUUCCCAGCGCAGUGGCUCCGCCUGUCAGUUCUGGUUCAAGCAUGUCUGGACGCUCUCUGAAGGUCUCACCACCAGCCUUGAACUUCCUGGUGCCAACCCCAGCUCCUGAUACCAAGGCAGAUACAGAAAGAGUAGAACCCUAUAACACCAAAUCAACCAGCGAUUCCAUGUCUGUGAAUCUACUCGAAACAUAG